GUUUUGACUUUGACAGUUGACACUGGCAACUGGCAUCGAAAAAAGAGUUGAUUGAAAUAAGAGAAUCAAUUAAAAUUAAUUCCUCCUUGAUCACAUAAUUCAAAUUUCAAAAUACAGGGACGAAUAUGUCGUACAAGGAAAAACCAAGCACGUCCAACAACAAGGAGGAGAUGUUUGACUGCUUCUACACUGAAGUAAAACAAAUCGAAAAAAGAGAUUCUGUUCUAACUUCGAAACAACAAAUUGAUAGAAUUCUACGUCCUGGCUCAACAUAUUUCAAUUUAAAUCCAUUCGAAGUUCUGCAACUCGAGCCCGAAUCGACCAUCGAAGAAAUUAAGAAAAAAUAUCGUUCUCUUUCGAUUUUAGUUCAUCCGGACAAGAAUCAGGACAACAAGGAGCUCGCCCAGACGGCAUUCGACAUCAUAAAUCGGGCCUGGAAGACCUUGGAGAACGAAAAGACACGAAAGAAAUGUCUGGACGUUUACGAGGAGGCAAAGGACAGGACAGAUCACAUGAUCGCGGAGAAGAAAAAGAAACUGAAAAAAGACGGCAAAUCCCAUGAGCCGAUUCCAGAGGACGAUCCGGAAAAAUACAAGCAUGCAAUCUAUGUAAUGGUUAUGAAGCUCUUCGCUGAUAUGGAACGCCGGAAACAACAGCUCGAACAACGAGAUCAGGAGGAAAGAAAACGAAAACGCGAAGCCGAAAUCGAGGAGGAGGAAAAACGCAAAACCGACAAGGAAUGGCAACAGAAUUUCGAAGAAUCGCGACAGAACCGAGUAAACAGCUGGCACGAUUUCCAAGCAGGCACGUCCAAAAAGAAGAGUAAAAAACAAAAGAAAAUGCACGGAAUGUUCGAACCACCGAAACUAAAGCCAGAAACUCGAUAGAUCUAGCACUCGAAUUCUUGUCACAGUUAGUAGUUGGCCUCCCAGACUUUGCAUCUUACACGGUUGUGUGUAAUAUUUUAGUUAUUGUUUUUAGCUAUUAGGAAAAAAUACCAUGCAUACACAACAAAGAGACUAUAAAACUAUCAUGUUCGGACGAUAUUUUUACGAAAACUCAUAAUUUUUACAGUUUGCCACAAAAGAAUUCAUCAAACUUCAUAAAAGUUUCUAUUCUUUUCUAAUAUUGAUUUUGAAGUGAGCAAUAAUAAUCUUAUUUUAUAUGCGAAAAUGCAAAACAAAAUAUAUAAGUAAUUAAUUAAGUAAAUUAAUUUUGUGUAA